AGGACUGCCUAACCCACCCUGGUUAUUUGGUUGGCCAGCGCCCCCGCCGUACGUCAUUUACCCGCGCCACCCGGAAGCCACGGUUCUUACUAACACUUCUUUUUGCCGGCGGCUUUCAGGAGCCCAUCAUGGCGACGCCCCCUAAACGGCGGGCGGUGGAGGCCACGGCGGAGAAAGUGCUGCGCUACGAGGCUUUCAUCUCUGACGUGCUGCAGCGGGACUUGCAAAAGGUCCUGGACCAUCGCGACAAGGUAUAUGAGCAGCUGGCCAAAUACCUUCAACUGAGAAAUGUCAUUGAGCGACUCCAGGAAGCUAAUCACUCGGAGUUAUAUAUGCAAGUGGAUUUGGGCUGUAACUUCUUCGUUGACACAGUGGUCCCAGACACUUCACGGAUCUAUGUGGCCCUUGGAUAUGGUUUUUUCCUGGAGUUGACACUGGCAGAAGCUCUCAAGUUCAUUGAUCGUAAGAGCAAUCUCCUCACAGAGCUCAGCGACAACCUCACCAAGGACUCCAUGAAUAUCAAGGCCCAUAUCCACAUGUUGCUAGAGGGGCUUAGAGAGCUACAAGGUCUGCAGAAUUUCCCAGAGACUCAGCACUGACUUCUUCCUACCUCCCCUGACAUUAAAGAGCCUGAAUGUCUUUG